UUUACGGCAUUUCAGAUGUCGCAAACUUGUAAACCUACUUUCCGGUGAACGUAAAUAGAGGCACAUGUGGCCUGAGGUUUCCCGAAACUGGACGGCUUAGAACAAUGGCAAAGAGUUUACGGAGCAAGUGGAAAAGGAAGAUGCGGGCGGAGAAGAGGAAGAAGAACGCGCCCAAGGAGCUAGCGCGCCUCAAAGCGGCCCUGCGCCCCGACGGGACGGGGGACAUCUCCAUGAAAGACGUGGCCGAGAUCGCCACGGUGCUGCCCGCCGACAAGCUGCUGGAGACGGCGGCGGAAGAUGCCCCCGGCCCAGACGGUCCGGGGAAGAUGGACACGGACAGCAAGCGUAAGAAGAACACGAUGCUGAACGAGCACGGACAGUACCCGGCAUGGAUGAGUCAGAGGCAAGUGAAAAAGAUGAAAAGGCAGCGGCUAAAAAAGAAAGGAAAGCAUGGGAAGAAGAAGGGCUUGGCAUGGUAGACCCACUGCCCUGGAUGGACUUUGUGUUGCAGCAGGAACGGGUGCAUUCAAGCCUUUGAAGCUAGCUUCAACUUCAGGGACUAUUGUGGGCACUCCUCAGCUCAGUCAGUGUGGAUGGGUGGAUAUAAAGCCUGAAUUUACAGUUGCAAUACUUUCAGAGUUUUCUGGCGGAGUAAAGAGCAUGCUUGUGGUCUGUAUGGGCCAUUUGGUUCAAGGUAGAUCUUUAAUGGAUGUUGUUCUUUUAAUAUUUUUGUUUUCCCAUUCUCUACAUUAUUGGAAUGAUGAGUCAUUAACAAGGUUUUGCCUUAUAAUCAUUUAUAACAAAGAUGGUGGACAAUAAAUUCAGUUUUCCCCAA